ACCUGUGACAAAAACAUUUUCGUAAGAACAGAAGCAAAUUCAGAGGUGUCUUCAUCUACUGAAAAAAAAUUAUAAUGUCAGAACCGACACCAUACCAACAGACAAUUUGUGGUUGGUAUGGCAGAUGUAAGUUUCUGUAACAUGUUUAAGAAAUGAUAAACCUGCACUGCUAAUAUAAAUUUGAAUAGAAAAACCGGAACAGUAAACAAUUUGUGAUAACUGAGUUCAGUUGAGGGUUGAGCCAAAAAUAUGUUAUUAUUAUAUAUGUAUUUAAAUGGGAAGAUAAAAGCAUAUUACCUGGGGAGUGUGACCCAGUAAACACAAAGACGUCUUAAAGACGUCGUUUCUUGUCUCUAACUCGUUCGGACGUCUCUCAACCAGAAAAAGACGUCUUAAAGACGUCUUUAUAAGACGAGUCAAAUCUCAUUCAAAAGAAACGUCUUAAAGACGUCUUUAUUUGGUCUCCGUUAGACCAGUUAUAUCUCGUUCUAAAGAAACGUCUCAAAGACGUCUUUAUUUGGUCUCUGUAAGACCAGUAAAAUCUCGUUCGAAAGAAACGUCUCAAAGACGUCGUCAUUUGGUCUCUGUAAGACCAGUAAAAUCCCGUUGGAAUUAAACGUCUUAAAGACGUCUUUAUUUGGUCUCUGUAAGACAAGUAUAAUCUCGUUCGAAAUGAAUGUCAUCAUUUCUUUACGUUUUAAAGAUAAUUUCACAAGAAAUAAAUAACUACGUUAUUUCUUUGCCCAUUCGCAAUUAUUGGCGUAGAAAUAAACGUUUUUGAUAUUUCAGAAUUUUUUAUACAGAGGUAGCCAAAAAUUCGAAUUAAAUUUGUCCAAAAAAGGAUACAUUUUACAAUAAAAACAGCGUUCGAAAGACCGCAUAGAAUAAACUUGUAAAGAACAUCGUUCUAUUUCAACAAAUGUUGCAUUUGACGUUUACUUUUGAACAAAAAAGAAUAAUGUGCUCCAUAAAACAACAAGUAAAUAGUAAAGCAAAAAAGGCUGUAUUUAUCCGAGGUAUGAAUGGACAAUAAAGAAACUAUUUUGCUGAUUAAAAGUAAGUAUCUUAGAUAUUUUUUGUACUUUCUCGGGCAGAAACAUUUGCGAUCUUUGGUCUUCACGCGGAAGAUUAUGCUUACGAGUUAUUUCAGGCCAGUUUGAAAUCAAGGGGAGCUUUCAUCAAUACUUGGGAAAAUAAUACUUUAAAUGCUUGGUUUUAGCUUCACUAUACCUUCCCCUUCAAUUGCACGUCACACAUGUUCUAAAGUUUUAGACCUAUAAAGUUUGGUAUUGAAAAAAAAAACAGUAGCUACUUUAUAUAUUGGCGUAAUGACUGAAAUGCAUUUUAUUAAAGGGUUGUUUGGAAUAUAUCUUCAAAGAAUAAACACAUCAUCCAACGUGCACAAUAUGACAGAUAUAUUUUACAAGCAGAGCUCAGACCGAAGUGUUAGUGAUUGGCGAAAAUAAAUUGACGCUGUUGUUCAAGACAACCUUCAAAGAUACUAACUGUUAUUGUUCAUGGUCAACAAUUUUACUUUUGUAGUAUUACACUGUAUAUUUUGUGUUAUACAUGUGCGCUUUUUUAUAACCAAAACAGCUUCAAAUGCUUGAUUGUUGCUUAUCUGCUGCUCAUUGAACAUUCAUCUUUUAGAACAAGAAAAGUUUCCGAAAGUAUUUAAUGAAUUUGUUUUCGUUGUUGUUGCUUAUAUAAAAGCUUGUAUGUGAUAUUAUUUUAUUCUUAUUAAACUGUUUAUUUAUAUAAAUGAUAUAAAUAUCAAGUUUCUAUUAAAUACUUCAUCAUCGUUUUCUUAACUUUUUUUUUGUUUUGAUUUGUGACACCUCCAUCAGAAUUAAAAUUACUAAAAUCCUAACACCCAUAGGCUAAAAUUAUUUGAAGCAGGGCUGCCUUGGCAGUAUAACGUUUGAAAGAGACUAAAUAAGGACGUUUUUAAUACGUUUUGGUACCUACGGGAACGUCUCAAAAACGUCUUUAAAACGUCUUUAACACGUCGCAAAAAGACGUAUUUUUUACGUUUCUUAAAGACGUCUUUAGGCGUUACGCUUUUAGACGGGUCAAAGACGUCUUAGAGACGUCUCAUCUGGUCUUUCAAAGACGUUUUAAAGACGUGUUUAAGACGUCUCGUGUUUACUGGGGAUAAUAAUAACUAUACGUACUGGACAGCACAUCAUCCCUGUAUGCAUAGCUAGCUAUAACAUCCUACCUGUGAUAUCUAGCUAGGAUGAAAAUUUGGGUAACCUUUUUAGGAAAAUAAUUAACCUAAGUUAUAUGUGUUUUUUAAAAGUUUUAGUAAACUAGGUAAACAUAUUAGACCUUACAGUAUAAAAUGUAAGCUUUUUGAGGGAGUACAAAAAAAUUUGUUUGUAGGAUAACUAGCUAGCAAGUCAACAUUAAAGUUGCCAUAAAUAAACACUUAUUAUCAAUAAACAUCCUCUAUAUACUUUUAUCCACUACAAUUCUUCAAAUAUCCCAGCUGGAAAUUAUAAAAUAAACAUUUGUUAAUAACUAAGGUCAGAACAGGAUGUAAAAUCUUGGUGUCCCGAACUUUACCUCAACUAACCUCAUAUUUGUGCAAUAUUUUGAUUUUUCGCUGCCACGACUGAUCAUGAAAGAGCGAUAUUGAAAAAGGUUUAUUACCAGCAGCAAAUUUCCUGUUCUAUUCUUUUCAUGUCGUUUCGUUCUGCGAAAAAUAUUUUCUAAGUGGAGAAGAGACGAGAAAUGUGGUUUUUGUGCUCAAUUUAGAACUUAAUGUGAAAGUUUAUCCCUAAUCUUUAUUAUGCGUAUUAUCAAGUCUUCAAUCUACUACAUAACUUAAGCAAAAGAAAAUAACAAACUGGAGAUGUAUACCGUAAAAGUCUCAGGUUGUCAAUGAUAAGACUUGUGUCGUCUGCUAUGAAUCCCCUGACUUACAAAGGUUCAACUAUACUUGAAAAAUUAACUAUUUUGUAAUUUACCGCUAUUUUAUUGUCACAUACAUUGAAAUACGUCAUUAUGUUUCGUCUUUGUGAUUGAAAAUAUACAUCAACUACAAAUAGUAGAAGCAAUCACUACAGCAAUCAGUCAGCAGGUGUUCAUUUCCCUUCAUAUCCAUCACCUUUGUAACACUAAUGCGCAUGAUUGCAUGGGUUUAUUAGCCAAUUUACUUGAUAUCGAGAGAGAAAGCUCCAGUUACAAAAUAUUAUGAAUAACAGCAUGCAGUUCGAAAUAUAAACAUCAUUUGAAAUAUAACCUUCCAUUAAAGAAAAAUUUCCCAUUCAGAUUUAGUAAAGACAGACAAAAGUUAUUUCUAUGGUAAAAGUUGUCGCAGAAUAUGUUUCAAACAAGCCUUACUCUUUUUUUAGUGAUCUCAAGCGUUCUGUGUGAUAAUUAUGCAACAUUUCGAUUUGCCAAUCACUAUGCAGAUCACAUGGUGUUACAAAGGUCGCCACAGCGCGCAUUUUUGUGGGGAUACAGUGAUACUUAUACUACCAUAAGCGUUUCAGUAAAGCAUACGAAGACAAGCGAAAGACAAACUUAUCACACUAAAACAUUCAAAGAUUCACGUGGUUUUAUCGCAUGGGAAAUAGCGCUGGAACCUUAUAAAGCCGGAGGACCGUAUGAUAUCAUUUGUAAAUCAAACGUUGGGGGUGAAACAAUUCGUCUGCGUGAUAUUUUGUUUGGUGAUGUAUGGUUUUGCAGUGGUCAAAGUAACAUGGUAUUUCCUACGUCAAGUGUAAGACUAUAUUUUGUUUUUCAUCUGGUUAGAUUUUUUGCUAGAGUACGCACUGCACUUGUUUUUUCUAGAGAAGUAUGUAACAUUCUCAUGAUGUUUCUCAGUAAGAACUAUAACUUCAAUGUUUAAUUUGUCAUCUAUAAAUCGAUAAAUCCUUUAACUAUCUCUUUUUCGAUAGAAAAUAAAUAUCUAAGCAGUUAGAAAACCGCACUCCAUAUCUUCGAGUAAUCUCAGGAAGUGACGUAAUCAAAACAUGUUCCAUCUUUAGCUUCAAAUUCCACAUGCGUACAAAGACUUAAAGAAAAAGAAAACCACACCAACAAAAAACUUACUAUAAAAAAUUUCAUUAAGAGCUUUCUAUUUCACUUAUUAAUUUUUACAUUUAGUCUAUGAAAGCAGAGACCGAAUUGGAUCUUGCGCUUAGCUAUCCUCAUAUUCGAUUAUUCGAAGUAGAUGAAUAUUUCUCAAAUGUAACAAUACACGAGUUAAAAAUGAAGAGCAUUCCUCUUCGAUGGAACCUACCAACAUCGAGUGAGUACAUUUCUUCAUAAAAGUUCUAUAUAUCAGGAUAAGAAUGUUGAGACAAAGGCAGUUUCUUGUUAUUUUUCA